GCAAGGGAGGAUCCCUCCCGGAUCCGUGGGGUCUGAGCAGGGAACGGCAAAGGCGAAAGUUCGCACCAAGUUAGUGCCCCUCGAGCUGCGGCCCGAGGGGAGCGACGGAGGAGUCACGGCGAGCCUCCUGUCGUGCAGCCCUGCAGAAAGGCCUGGCACAAAGCUGGGGGCAGUGUGGUGAAGCUGGCUGCAGGGAGAGACAUGGCAGCCUCUGAGGUGACUGCUGUGUGGCCUCGCCUCGAGCGCUGCGUGCUACUGUGGGAGCCAGGAUGUAAGCUAUAAAACAUCAGCCUCCAAAGGAGGGAUAUGAAGGUGGGGAAGGGUCUAGAGGCCAAGAUGAAUAAGGAGCAGCUGAGGCCCUUGGUUUACUCAACACAGAGCAGAGGAGCUGAGGGAGGCCUCAUGGCAGCCUGCAGCUCCUCGUAGGGAGCGGAGGGCAGUGUGAAGCUCUGCUCUCUGGAGACAGCGACAGGGUCCAAGAGAAUGGUGUGGAGCUGCGUCAGGGGAGAGCAGGUGCGGGUGAGGGAAAGGUUGCACCCCAGAGGGCGGUGGGCAUGGCAGAGGCUGCGCAGGGCAGUGGGCACAGCUCUGAUGCUGGAGCUUAGGGUGCACUGGGACACCACUGACAUUGGGGCUGAGUGGUCCUGUGUGGAGCUAGGAGUUGGAUUCAAUUAUCCUUGUGGAUCCUUUCCCUCUGGGGAUAUUCUAUGAGUCAAUGAGAGGAGCCAUUGCUCCUAGGGAGGAGGAGGCCUGACAGACAGGAGCAGUUGCACUGCUCCUGUCAGAGCAAAGCACAAUCAACUCUGUUGUCACCUGGUGUCAGAGUGGGAGAGUAGUGAGGAGUCAGAAAAAAGGAGCUUGUUCUUGAAAGGCAUUUUCUGGGGGAGUGAGGCUGCGAAAUAAUUGCUAGGACACCUCAAAGAAUAGGGAUAAAGUGCUAGAGAUGAAGUGAUUCUUCUUUGUAUAACUGCUUCAUUUCUGAGCUCAGCAUUACUCACAAAAAGGCACAAUCUGUAUUCCUAACUAUGCAGAGUCUCAUUCUCAAUUUUGAUGUUGCCAAUCUGGAUGUAUUAGGAUGGCUUCAGCAGAAUGUGAUAACAUGAAAAGCUGUAUAAGAACUAACAAAAAUUUGGGUCAGCUGGAGCUUUUCUGGCAGACUUGGGUCUGUCCAGCACCCAAACAGUGUGCUUGUGGGUUCUGAGACUUGGCUUGGAAGUGCAUUGUAUGCGUGUCCAACAAAGGAUGCAUGCGUAUGUAUGGUGGUAUGGCUUUUGUUUUGUUUUUUUGUAAUUCUGCAGUUUGGCAAACAAGCUGUGUCACUUCUACGUCCACAGAAGCCUGUGUACUCAUGUCUUGUUUGGAAUGUUUUGCACUUAUGAUUUGGAGGAUUGGGUAUGGGAGAUGUCAGGCUAAUGAAGACCUGGAAGACUUCCGUGGUUCAUGGGAACAUCAUCGUCCAAAUAAGGUUACUUUAGGGUCUCCUUCAAAGCAUGGACCUGUGUUGCACAGCCUCAGAAAUUAUCCUUACUACAGCCAAUCCAGUUCAAGGUUCAAGCCGUGCUCAUGCCUAACCUGCCUUGUAGCCAGCAGAAAACCAGCUGAGUUUGUUUGCCUUGGAGCUGGUGGCAAUUUUGUAGAUUCCUCUUUGUAUAUCCCAUCCCUGUCUUGGCCUCUGCCUGUUUUAUUUUGUGUAUACAGCUACAAACGGCUUGCUUGAGGGCUGUCUGCUGAUUUAACAAGUGAGGGAACGCCUAGUUUGGCAUCAUGGGGUCAGGCUCACCUUUUAUUUAUUUGGUACUCUUUGUUUGUUGAGUUCCCAUCUCUAGGAAGAAGAAGGAAGCCUGAAUCUUGCAAUGUAAAGGUGAUGGAGAGCCACCAAAGCAGAGCACUGUGAUGUCCCCAUCCAAACCCAUGGCCCAGCAGCCGCAGCAGCAGCCUCAGCAGCAGCAACAACAAACAACUUCGAAUAAACGCCCCAGUAACAGCGCUCCCCCGCCAACCCAGCUAAAUAAGAUCAAGUACUCAGGGGGACCCCAGAUUGUGAAGAAGGAGCGUCGACACAGCUCUUCUCGCUUCAAUCUGAGCAAAAACAGGGAACUGCAAAAGCUUCCAGCCCUUAAAGAUGCUCCUCCACAUGAGCGAGAAGAGCUUUUCAUCCAGAAGCUGCGGCAAUGCUGUGUGCUUUUUGACUUCAUCUCUGACCCCCUCAGUGACCUGAAAUUCAAGGAGGUGAAGCGAGCAGGUCUCAAUGAAAUGGUAGAAUACAUCACGCACAACCGUGAUGUCGUCACUGAGGCCAUCUAUCCUGAAGCUGUCAUUAUGUUUUCAGUGAACCUCUUCCGGACACUUCCGCCAUCAUCCAAUCCCACAGGAGCGGAGUUUGACCCUGAGGAAGAUGAGCCUACAUUAGAGGCUGCCUGGCCACACCUACAGCUGGUGUACGAGUUCUUCCUCAGGUUCUUGGAGUCCCCUGAUUUUCAACCAAAUAUAGCGAAGAAAUACAUUGACCAGAAGUUUGUACUGUCUCUGCUGGAUCUCUUUGACAGUGAAGACCCCAGAGAACGUGACUUCCUAAAGACUAUUCUGCAUAGGAUCUAUGGGAAGUUCCUGGGUCUGCGAGCGUAUGUGAGACGGCAGAUCAACAAUAUAUUUUACAGGUUCAUCUAUGAAACAGAGCAUCACAAUGGGAUUGCAGAACUGCUGGAGAUCCUAGGAAGCAUAAUCAAUGGGUUUGCUCUGCCUCUGAAGGAAGAGCACAAAAUGUUCCUCAUCAGGGUCUUGUUACCACUGCACAAAGUGAAAUCUCUCAGCGUGUACCACCCACAGUUGGCAUACUGUGUUGUACAGUUCUUGGAGAAAGACAGCAGCUUGACAGAGCCGGUGAUUGUGGGCUUGCUGAAGUUCUGGCCGAAAACACACAGUCCCAAGGAGGUGAUGUUUUUAAAUGAGCUGGAAGAGAUCCUGGAUGUGAUUGAGCCAUCUGAAUUUGUGAAAGUUAUGGAGCCCUUGUUCAGGCAGUUGGCCAAGUGCGUCUCCAGCCCACAUUUCCAGGUGGCAGAGCGAGCGCUGUACUAUUGGAACAACGAAUAUAUCAUGAGCCUGAUCAGCGAUAACGCAGCCAAAAUUCUCCCGAUCAUGUUUCCAGCGCUCUACAAGAACUCCAAGAGUCACUGGAACAAGACGAUCCAUGGACUGAUCUACAAUGCACUAAAGCUGUUCAUGGAGAUGAACCAAAAGCUUUUUGAUGACUGCACACAGCAAUACAAGGCAGAGAAGCAGAAGGGGAGGUUCAGGAUGAAGGAACGAGAAGAAAUGUGGCAGAAAAUAGAGGAGCUGGCCCGGCUGAACCCUCAGUAUCCCAUGUAUUAUGCACCUCCAUCAUUGCCUCUGGUCUGCUGCAUGGAAACAGAGACCCCGACUGCAGAGGAUAUUCAGCUACUGAAGAAAACAGUGGAGACAGAGGCUGUGCAGAUGCUGAAAGACAUUAAGAAGGAGAAGGUUUUGCUGCGCCGGAAAUCUGAGCUUCCUCAGGACGUCUACACUAUAAAAGCCCUGGAGGCCCACAAGAGAGCAGAAGAGUUUCUCACCUCAAACCAGGAGGCUCUCUGACGGGCUCAGAAGCUGGCCCAAGAAGCUAUGUCCCAUCCCUUUCCCCCAGGGGUCACAGAAAUGCACUCGGUUCUCAUGUGUAAUAAGGAAUGAACAUGGUGAGCCGUGCCUGUCCUCCACUCCAUCCACAUCCCUGCAGGAUAGAUCUGUUUUUAUGUUGUACCUUCUAUCUCACCACUGCCAUCUCCUCCUGCUUCUCCUCCUCCCACACACGCAGUGUGUGUGUGCGAAGGGAACCUGUCUGCCCUGCCGGUCCAGGCAGGGGUUGCUUCAUUUCCAGUUGCUGCCUGGUUUUUGCUCUUCCUGGGAGCCUUGCAGGGCAGGCAGGCGCUUCCUGUGGCUCUGCUAGAAGGAGGGCUGAAGGGAGCUGCUCCGGGCUCUCUGUAAGCAUAGAGAGAACCGAGCCCCUCCGCGGCUCACCUCUGCGGGGCGGCUGAGCCGGGCAGCGGUGCAGAGCAGUUGACCUCUCAGGAUCAGCCUGAGCUGCCCAGUUCAACCCAGCCUGAGCCAGGUGUGUUGGCUGGAGACUGCUGUGCGUGGCUCAGCAUGCUGCAGCCAUCCCAGGUGCCCGCCUCCGUGUGCCUGCCCCAGUGCUGCUUGCGGUGACCAGAGGCUGAGCGCGUGGUGGGAGCGGCUGGCAGAGUUUGUGGGGGCUCUGCCAGCUCUCCACCCUGCCUCAGGGUGCAGCUCAGCAGUGGGAGGGCUCACGUAUAGCAGGAGAUGUUUGCUUCCGCCUUUCUUUUGCCUCUAGCCCUCCGUUCUGUUCCCCUGUUGGUGGAGUGGGGGUUCAGUGCUUCGCCACCCCCAGUAUAGCUGGGUGCAAGCACUGCAUCUUAUUGCUUCCCUCCUUUUAGAGCAUCCUUAGAAGCUCUCUUGUGGGAAAGUAAAUUCCUUCGGCUCUUUGUGUUGGUCCUCGCUAAGUCGUCUCCAUUCCAAUGUCUUGGGUAGUUGUGGGCCCAGAGUUAACUUCUGCUUUGUAGCAGGUGUCAGCCACUGACUUCUGCUUUCUUCCUCCUCCUCCUGCUCAAUUAAAAUACUCCCGCAGCUUUCCCUCUGUUGUUCCCAUCCUUAGCUCUGCAGUGGCUGGGGUUUCUAGGAAGCUUGUGCUGCUAAAGUCAUUUCUGCAAAUUAGUGGAAGCAAUGGAUACACGUUUACGGGGCCAGGCCAAGUUUGUGCGUGUUCAGUUGUCUCCUCUUUAUGACCAGUGGCGAGAUGCCACCAUCGAAUUGCUUCUGUAGGUGCUCUGAGCAGUUUGCCUCGCCUCUUCCUUCAGCACCUGCUGUGGCCCGAGGCCCUCGUUUGCUGCGUGGCGCAGCAGGGAAGUGCUGUGCUGUGCUCAUUUAGCAUUUAGAGCGCACUCGAUAGCCCAGGGGCUCGUGCAGCACUUGGCUGCUACUGUGAUCCAGCUCUCGGAGCUCUGUCUCCUACCUUCUUGUGGUGCAGAUUCAAUCCCAGACCAAGGCGAUAAGUAAGGGAGUGGUCUUUGCUGCUUACUGCUGCGCUUGCUUGCUUGACACAUAAGCUUGAGUGGGAUGGCAGUAGUGCAGGGAGCUUACGGAGUCGGUGCCGGUCGGACACUGCUUUGCAGCAUCCAUAGGUCAUUGCAGAAGGUCCUGGUGUAUCUGUUUUGUCCCCACCAGCAGACCCCUUCCAGGUCGGAGCUGGUGUGCAGCGCAUCUCCUUUCCUCCCCCCCAAACCAAGCUGAUCCCUCCCUGUGUAUCCAGUGCCCCCUGCUCCCUUUAGGCAUGCCAUCAUCUCUUGGGAGCAGCUGCCAAGCGUGAGUACGGGACGGAUCACCCACACCGCGCAGGACCCCGCCUCCCCUGGCUCCGUGCGCCGGGCCGGUUCAUCAGGAGACUUACAAACACCUCAGGGAGGUUAUUGCUUAUUUAGAACAUGACUCUGAGCUCAUGGUCAGCUGCCAGUCGAUUACCUCACGUGAGCCUGGCACAGCACGUAGACACGCGCCGGAGGCGGGCAGGAGCGGCAGGCGGCGGGGCUGCAGCUGAGGGUUGCUACCUGCAGCUGGGCUGGGGAUGCUCCUUCCUCGUCCCGGGGCUGGAGCAGCACUGCUGGGAGCAGGCCGUGCGCAGGGCAGGGUGGUGAUGCGUGGUGCCUACGUGCUGUGCGGCUGCCACGUUCUCAUAGCUUUGUGUGUCGCGUUCCGGAUCAGGGACCUCACGCUCGGUACCUUACAUUGCCAUUAGUUUACUGCCUCCUCAUUCCAGUCCUGGACUUUGAAGAAGGGGACCACGGGAGGUGGGGGGAGCACAUUUGUGCUCUCUGCCGCCCGCAGGCCUGCAUCUGCCACACUACAGCUGCCCCUCACUCCACACCCGGUCGGUAGCGUUAAUGCUCAUCUCUGCCUUUGCCUUUCCCCACAUCAGCCAAACGGACAGAACUGGAGCUGCCUCUUCCACGUCACGUGGCCCCUCCUCGGAGGGAACGAGCAAAACUAACUACUGCGUUCACCCCCUGGACACAAGUAUUAAGCUGCUUACAGUUCAUAUGUACAUAUGGUGUACUUUAUUUUCAGUAGAGCAUUACAUAGUAUGAAAGUGUUGGAUUUUGUACAGAUGUCCCUGUAUGUACAGUACUAAAUAAAACCAAUCUCUUGGAAAGACA